UGCCCGCCACGGACGGGGCGGUGGAGGCUGCAAAGUGCCAGUCCGAGGGAGGGCGGCGGAGCUGGUGGGUCGCUGCUAGGAUCGCUGCUGCAGGUGCGGGAGCGGCCCCGAGGUUGGGGUCAGGCAGGAGCGCAGGCGUUGCAACCCCGUCCCAGACCCACCCCCCAGUGGUGGCUGGCGGCGUCUGGAGGAUGUGAGCCGCGAGGGGCUGAGCUGCUGAAGCGGGCAGCCAUGGCCACUGCCUGGCGAUAACGGCAGCGCGCAACGCUCCGGAGCCUCCCGCCUCGCUCGGGUCCGCCCCGUCCCCCUUUUCCGGGGCGGGGGGGCGUGCGAGUGCCUGAGGGACACCCCCCCCCACGUUCCUCUCGCCUCCCCCACCCCACCGUCGCCGCCAUGUCCAGCUCCUCCUCGCAGACUCCUCCUCACCACCAGCCCCCCCAGAGGAUGCGUCGCGGCGCCGCUGGGUCCCCGACCGGCGGCAGCGCCGGAGCUUCGGUGGCCAGUAACGGGGCCGGAGGCGGCGGCGGCGGCAUAGGAAGCGGAGGAGGAAGCAGCGGCGUUGGCGUCGGCGGCGCCCCCGGUGGCAGCGCUGGGACUAGCCGGCUGCUCCAACCUAUCCGCGCCACCGUCCCCUACCAGCUCCUGAGGGGCAACCAGCACAGCCCGACUCGCUCGCCGGCCGCCUCCGCCUCGGUGGGGAGCAACACCGGCCCAGGGGGGCCUCGUGGCGGCAACGGUGGCAGCCCGCCCCCGCCGAGCCCUACCCCGCCGCUGAUCUUGCCGGCCGGUCCUGCAGCCGCGUCAGGAGCAGGCGGCGCGGCGGAGCCGGGGAGGGUGAAGGGGAGGCAGAGGCGUUCGCCCGACAGCAGCAACGGCAGGCGGAGAAGCAUCUCACCUGAGCGAAGGAGCCCCAGUUCGCCUAUAUAUAGAGUGGACAGACCAAAAGCCCAGCAAAUCAGGACAUCUAGCACCAUAAGACGAACUUCUUCUUUGGACACAAUAACGGGACCUUACCUCACAGGACAGUGGCCACGAGAUCCCCACAUACAUUACCCUUCAUGCAUGAAGGAUAAAUCUACUCAGACACCUAGCUGUUGGGCAGAAGAGGUAUUAGAAAAGAGAUCGCAUCAGCGUUCAGCUUCAUGGGGGAGCGCUGAUCAACUAAAAGAAAUUGCCAAAUUGAGGCAGCAGCUCCAGCGCAGUAAACAGAGUAGUCGUCACAAUAAAGAAAAAGAACGGCAGUCACCUCUCCAUGGUAACCAUAUAGCAAUCAAUCAGACUCAGGCUUCUAUCUCAAGAUCAGUCCCUAUGCCACUGUCAAACAUUUCAGUGCCAAAAUCAACUGUUUCACGUGUGCCCUGCAACGUAGAAGGAAUAAGUCCUGAAUUAGAAAAAGUAUUCAUCAAAGAGAACAGUGGAAAGGAAGAGGUGUCCAAGCCCUUGGAUAUUCCGGAUGGUCGAAGAGCACCUUUACCUGCUCACUAUCGGAGCAGCAGCACGCGCAGCAUUGAUACGCAAACCCCUUCUGUCCAGGAGCGCAGUAGUAGCUGCAGCAGUCAUUCUCCCUGCAUAUCUCCCUUUUGUCCUCCUGAAUCUCAGGAUGGGAGUCCUUGCUCCACAGAAGACAUGCUGUAUGACCGUGACAAAGACAGUGGGAGUAGCUCACCGUUGCCCAAGUAUGCCUCCUCUCCUAAACCCAACAACAGCUACAUGUUCAAACGAGAGCCCCCAGAGGGAUGUGAGCGAGUGAAGGUCUUUGAGGAAAUGUCGACUCGUCAGCCUGUCUCAGCCCCUCUCUUUUCAUGUCCUGACAAAAACAAGGUUAAUUUCAUCCCGACCGGAUCAGCUUUCUGUCCUGUAAAACUUUUGGGCCCUUUAUUACCUGCUUCUGACCUGACACUCAAGAGCUCUCCAAACUCUGGUCAAAGCACAGCUUUGAGUACUCUGACUGUUGAGCAGCUUUCAUCUCGGGUCUCUUUCUCUUCUUUGUCGGAUGACACCAGCACAAUGGACUCUCCAGAGGUCUUAGUACAACAGCCAUCCCAGCAGCCACCACAGCUUUUGCAAGAGCUACAGUCAGAAGAACACGCCCCUCCUCAAAGCUACAUGAUGAUCUAGAGCAAGGCAAAGUGUCCUCUCAAACUCAAUUGCAUGAGUGGCACCUUUUCCAGAACAAAACAAGGCUACUUAUCAGCAUCUUUCUAUAUUUCAGUGCUGUUCUUGGCAGGGACGGAAAUGCUCUUCUUCAGCAUUUUAGUGUGAGUGUCAGGGUGGGGUGGGAAAAGAAGAAUGCUUGCAGAAUCGGUGUAUCAUUACGCAUUUUAAGUGGAGACUAUGCAUUUCAUAGACUGUUUGACCAGAUUAGUACUGUGUUGUGUUCUGUUUCAAAUUCUACAGUAUAAAUAAGCUCUAUAUCAAACAAAGGUUGCCUGUCUAAAUAGAAAAUGUCUUGCUGUGUUGUGUUCUAUGGAAAUACUGUACUUCAGGAUUAUGUUUACAAUUUAUCCAGGUAUUUAUGUUUUGAACUUCUGUAAUACAUACAAUGCAAAAAAGAAAAAAAAAUGGCCACAACAGUUGCACAGUGCCCACCCUAUGGCCUAGCUUCAGGUACUUCUCUCGAAGUCUAAACUCAGGUAACUUGGAAUGUAUAUCAUAUUGGAAUAUAAAAUAUUUUACAGCUAAAAAGCUAAAGAGGAAACAUCACUCAUUUGUUCUUAUAUUGGAAGGUUCUGAAUCAAACGUGUUUAAAGCUAAUGCUUUGCUAUGGGAACAUCACUCUUCUGCCUUUCCUUAUUUUAUGCAUUAAACUUUCCUCAUUACAUUCCACUUUCUUGGAAAAAGUGCAUUCUGUUCCAGGGGAAUAACAACCCUGGACAUGGGUGAACAUGAGGAGAACCAGCAAAUCUGUGAUGUAUGACAUCACAUUGUCAUGUGGUUACAAGUAAAACAACUGUUGCAUCUAUUGUCAUUUCCGUGUGUAAAUUGUGGCAUUUAAAAGUUUCAGGUGUUGCACAGUAAAAUGACUGUUAAGCUGUUGUGAAUAAAGUGUUCAGUUCUAGGCUGUACAUAAGAAACAUUCCAUGGCGUGUGUGUGUGUGAGAGGAUCGAAGGCAAGAAUGUUUUCAUUUAAUUUCAGCAAAUUGUUCAGGUUUCAGAGGGGGUGGUGGGAAUUUCCUCUCCUGUUUGUGCUGGCAAGUUAAGAACGUGAAAUGCUACUGUUACCGGUUUAAGAGCCUAAUUAAUGUUUAGUUUCUCUUUUGGAGGAAAUGUUCAUUUGUGUGCUGGUUGGGGGGAGAAAUUCUUGGAUUUUUGACAAGCAAUAAUCGGUGAAUUGUUUUAUUUGUACAGUGAGUAUUUUUCACUUGGACUAUGGAAAAAAUUUGAGGUCCUCUCAUAGGCAUACAAAACCUAUGAGGUUUUGUUUAAAAAAAAAAAAAAAUAGGAGGAGGAAAAGGGCGGGGGGAAGCAAUAGUUUUUAAGUUGUGUUAACUAAUCACAGCCUUUAAUAAUACCCUCUGUUUUAGAUCAUUACCAGGUAAAUUUCUUGCAGUUUGAAGGUGGGUGGAUGAUGCUGGUGCUUGUUAGUUGUACAUACCUUCAGAGAUGCUGCAUAGCCUGGAAGCAUCUAGCAGCAUUGCCUUGCCACCUAGAACUGCAAGAGCACUGCAUUCAGAGAUCGUGUCCUGCAGUACAAAGUGGAUCCAAAGGCAUAAGGAGCUUAAUAUUCUUGGGUCUUUGCUUUCCGUUAAGUGGAAGUAGCUUUAUGCAAGUCUGUGCCUAAGAAAAGCUUGUUUUCCCCCUGUUCCAGGAACUCAAAAAAUCUUUUGCUGCAGCAGCAUUUACUUCACUCCUCUACUUUGCUUGUGAAAGAAUGGGGGGGGGGAGAAUAAAAAGGCCUCCGUACCGAAGAGGUAAAAAUAGGGAAAAUUAUAUAGCACAUGUGUGCCGUGGCAAGAUGAAGCCCACUUUCCUUCCUAUCAUCACCAAAGAGUUUGGUAAUACCCUGUCUGGAAGCGUAGACCUACAGCCUCUUGUUCAGUUGUUGUAUGACUGUAAGAACAGGCUAAUAAACGGGAAAGCUAGAGAUGUUUUUCACAGUAAAUCUUUUUUAAAUACAGCAACAGGCAUCUUUGACCUUGCUAAUCUCAGGCCUUGGCGAAAGCACUAUAUAGUUUGUACGUAAUAAUAUAAGGGGGAAAGCCUCAGUUCUUGUGACCUAAGUGCAAGUUCGUUGACUAUUUACAUUCAGUUUUAAUAUCACAGUACAUUUCCUUUCAUCCUCCAGUUGUUUCCAAAUAUUAAUACAUACUUGUGAUUGUUGAUGCUAGAGUUUGUGGGGAGCUCUAUCAACUGACUUUUAGAUCAAGAAUGAACUCUGGUGUACAAUAUUUACAGUGACAUUAUUUGUCCUGUUUUCCCAUGAGAAACUAAAGAUUAAUUGUCACACACAUUUGUUCUUAUAUUGGAAGGUUCUGAAUCAAAUGUGUUUAAAGCUAAUGCUUUGCUAUGUAAAUUUUCCAGCAGUUGUUGAUCUCUAAUAUAUCCUACAUCCAGCAGUAGAAAUUUGUCAAAUAUUGUUUCAAGAGUUUUGUACAUAGUUGUACUGUUGUUUCUAGCAACUGUGCUGAACAGUAUUCAAAUUACCACACAAUAUUGCUUUACACAAGGAAAUGUGUGGCUUUUGUUUUGUAUUUUUUUCAGUAUAGAAGUUCCUGUGUUUUAUUUAAAUAAAAUUAUUAGGAAAAACCCCACAACCUGCAA